UUUUUUUUUGGUGCACUUGAUUUUGGUCAGACGUGCGAUUACGUGAAUUCAGCCUUAAACAAUAUUUGUUAUUAAUUGUCAUCAAAAUGAACGCAGCCCCACGCUCAGCUCUCAAUCAGCUAAUACGACGAGGCUACAGCCAGGCACAAAAAGGUGCGAGUGGCUCGAAGCCCACUGUCGGCGGAAGUAGAGGUGCUGGCGCUCCUGCUUCAUCUCCCGUCUCCAAUGUUACGGGCCUGAGCAGCGCCUGUGUGAAGCCAACAUCGACACCCGUUGGUCCUGGAGCCUCAACAACUAGCAACUACAAAGUGCCCGAAUAUUUUUGUUUCAAUCGGUUUUCAUAUGCCGAAGCUGAGGUAGAAAUGGCCAAAUUUCGCUGCCCACAGCCGUCAGCGUUGAAGAAGUAGGAAAAUAAUGUAAUUAAAGUGCGAUGAGCCAUAAAAGAAUGUAAUUAAUAAAAAUACAUAUGUAUAAUAAA